AUGGAACCCGCCGUGGUGCAGCUUGCCCGUCCAUUGACAAGCUUGGCUAGAAAUGGUGGCACUCAACAUGCAUCAAUUCACAACGAUCGCGUCGCUUUAACAUAUAUGCAACACUGGAGCUCGUUUCUGCAAGAAACUCGGACAUUCUUCCUGUCGGUCCACAUAACCCAUCAAGUCCCCAUAAAAGAUGAAUCUGAGAUCUAUGUCGUGGGGAGUGAACUUGGUCUUUCCGGAAGAUUCGUCCGAAACCUCUGCGAUCCUGUAAUGCAAGCAUUGAUGCCGCUAGACCAAAUGUCCUCCGUCCGCUUUGCCGAUAUUCAAGCCCUUACGCCGUCCGGUAGAACUGUCCCAGAUGUCACUUUCGGUCUCGUCAACCCAAGUUUCCCUCGUUCUACUACAGGCCUUUACAUGGUUGGCGAGUUUGAAACACCAUGGACAGUGGAUGUCGAUGAAAUGAGAAUCAAUUGUCCAAAUCCGGCACCUCGCUUAGAAACUCUGAUUGGGCAAGUUGUAGGCCAAAUGCGAAUGGCACGCGUCCGAUACGCCUUUUUAACAACAUAUGACUUCACUGUGUUCGUUAAAAGAGCGAACGACUUCUCUUUUCUUCUCUCAGAGCCUUUUGGGUAUGAUUCACAAAGUCCCCCGCUCCGAGAAAUGUUUGUUGGAUUUUGUCUAAUGGCUAUGGCGGAUCCAAAAUACUCUGAAAGUCACCCCGAUAUUGAGACAAGGACAGUUGACCUAAAGCAAAAGUUGAGAGGUGCUCCCGCCCCGCGCGUAUCGCAUAGGGUAAACAACCAUCAUCCCCGAGAACUACCUCCCUUAUCCACCCCUCGGCCUAUUACAUCAACCAGUGUGGUUGUCGAAUGUGGUGCCGAUAUGCCCGUGGUUGCCGAUUGUGUCCAGCAAGUUUCACUUUCCGAUAGUCCGGACAAAGCUGUGUGGUUGGCAGAUAUCAGGGGUACUCGAAGAGUACUAAAAUGCUGGUCAUUUGAGGUAGAUUCACUGUUUGAGACUGAAGCUGCCGUCUAUGAUCGCCUUGAGACAACCCGCCCGGCUGGGCACCACCUUUUCCCCAAAUGUAUUGCAAGAGGGCAAAUCAUAUGCUCAAGUCUGUUUCCAGAAGGUUACGCAAUCAUUUUAGAAUACCGAGACGGCGAACGACUUUGCGAUAUCUGGCACACCCUAAAUGCAAAUGAACAAACCCAUGUCCAGAAUGAAUGUUCAAGGGCCCUACAUGCACUCCGAGCAAUAUCCAUUCGUCUUGACGACCCCGGAAUGCAUAAUAUCUUAUAUGCAAGAGAAAGUAGGGCUGUUACUCUUCUCGAUUUUGAGGUUGCUGUGCAUCUUGAGCCUAACACGUUUAUUUCCACGACUUACGAGAUGAAGAAAAUCUUCAGGUCAAGCUCAAUACUCACUGAAGAAACAGAAGAAGGAGGUUAG